UGGUUUCCUUGGCAGCGGGAAGAGGACGAGGAGGAGCCAAUGGUGAACUGCUAUGCCACAUCGCACAACACAGAGCCAUCUACGGUCACGGUGAUAACGGUUUAAUAAGGCCCUGUGGCCAUGGCUAAAGACCCGUUAGCCGAGGCAGGCUUUUAUUUUGACGAACUCAACAAGCUGCGGGUACUGGAGCCUGAUGUCAGCCAGAAAACCUCCGAGCUCAAGGAAGAGUGUAAAGAGUUUGUGGAUAAAAUCGGCCAGUUUCAGAAGAUAGUAGGCGGUCUUAUUGAGCUGGUGGAUGACUUGGCAAAAGAAGCGGAGAGAGAAAAGAUGAAGGUAAGAUUAGCAUUAGCUCAUUUUGAAAUUCCAGGAGGAUGUAGGUUCUGGCCCAGGCUCUCGUCAUCUCACGCCUAGACUACUGCAACUCCCUCCUGGCUGGUCUACCUGCAUGUGCAAU